GCAGGGGCUGGUAUGAGUGCGCCGGGGGAGGUUAAAGUGAAAAUACCUUUUGGAAACAAAUACCUUGAUGCAAUCUUUUCUCUCCCAGAGAAAAAAUCAACAUAUGGGGUGAUUCUUACCCAUGGUGCUGGAGGAGAUAUGAAUUUCCCUCACUUGGUGUCUUUGGCAGCGUAUCUUGCAUCCCAUGGAGUUCUGUGCCUGCGGUUUACUUGCAAAGGCCUUAACAUUGCCUACAGAACUAAGGCUUUCAAAACAGUUGUGGAAUACUUAAAGCUUUCAGAUGAUUAUAAACUUUCAGGUGUCUUCCUUGCAGGUCGAUCCAUGGGGUCACGAGCUGCUGCUUCUGUGAUACGUCAGCUUAGCCAGGAGGGGGAUGAUGAUGACUUCAUUCAAGGUCUAGUGUGUUUAUCUUACCCACUGCAUCGACCAAAACUUCAGUCCAAGCUCCGGGAUGAAGAUUUGUUAUUUAUCAGAUGUCCAGUGCUGUUUGUCUCAGGAUCAGCAGAUGAGAUGUGUGAAAAGCAAUUGCUAGAAGGUGUGGCAAGCAAAAUGAAAGCCCCUAAAAAAAUCCAUUGGAUUGAUAAAGCAAACCAUGGGAUGGCAGUCAAAGGACGAACAACAGAUGAUGUCAUGGAAGAAAUAAAUGCCCAUGUUUUCUCUUGGCUUAGAGAGAACACUGAACAGGAGCAGAAAUGAUUUACAGUGUUUAAGCAGUAUAUUCAUUUAGUUUUUCAUAAAUGCAGCAAAUCAGAAUGUAUUAUUUCUGAGUGCUGUAGUUUUUGAAUA